GUACCCACAGAAGUGGACGUUUCUUGGUUGUCAGUGCUCAAUCCCAUAGUGUUAAACUCCUGCACAAUAUCUAGAAAGAAGAGUUCCCAGAUUCGGUUCAUUUACGACUAGCUCAGGGUGUAUAAGCAGGAUUAUUCCCACAAUUCCCUGAACAACAACAACAACACACUCCGUCACUUUCCAAUCACAUCGUCGCUUAGCUUCCAGAAAGGCUCAUUACCCAAUCUCAGUUUCAUUUAGCCAGGACUCAGACAUUUCAAAGAGUUUAUUGGAACUUUUUUUUGAUCUUUGGUCGUCACAAGCAAAAAUAUCAACUUUAUCAACAACAAAACUUAAAUCACCCUUAAUUAAUAAGAUUCAACUAAGAAGCCCCCACUACCACCAAUACCACCACCAUCAUACGCAGACUAUACACACCAACAGCUAUCACUACAGACCGUCAUAAUGCCUAUUGGUUCAACUCAAAAGUCAAGUAUUGAUUUCCUUCUGUCUGGUCCGCCAACUGAAGAAAAAGUAUCAAUCGAGCCGAAAACAAUACUGAAAACUUCGUCCAGCUCCAAAAGACGACAAAUAGUGAGGCCUAAGAACCCAAAGUUCUCUUUGAAGAUACUACAACAACCAACUCAUGCUAAAGUGUCUCCAAGACCUCCAAGUCGAGUUUUCCCACCAUUUUCUGAACAUCGUCCAAUCCAUCCACCACCGGUUUUACAAUUGAGAGUUGAUGAUUUCAAAUUUAAAGAUGAUUCAAGUUUUUUAGACGAUGACUAUUUAAAUCAUCUGUUUAAUGAAAAUGACCCAAGAUCAUCAGAAAGAAUUGAUGAGUUGAAAAUUAUUAAAGAAAUGAGACAAUGUAAAAUUCCAUCUUGGUCACAUUAUUCAACUUUUUUCGUCACUGCAAGAUUACAAACUGUUAAAGGUACAAAUGAGAAAAUGUUAUUCAACAAUAAAUCUGAAAAAUCAGUUGAUGAUUUACUGAUUGGUACAAAAGUUUGUUCUGGAAUGCCAAUUUCAUUAAGAACUUCAUCUCCUUCAAAUUCUUAUUUGAAAAAAUCAUUACCAACUGAAAAACCCAAGGCAAGCAAUUAUGCUAUAACAUUUGUAUUUUCGGAUUUAUCUGUUAGAAAAAUUGGUACAUUUAAUUUGAAAUUUGAUUUAUUCGAAGUAUUUCAAGGUAAAAUAUAUUGGAGAAGUGAACUUUUAUCUGAUGAAUUUACUGUUUAUACACCAAAAAAAUUCCCAGGUUCUUUCCCUUCAACUUCAUUAACAAGCUUCCUUUAUAAACAUGGUGCUAGAAUAAGGCAAAGAAAAAGGUCAACUCCAUCAGUUAGGAAAUUUGAAGAUGGUACUGAAGAUCAAAAUGAUGAUUAUACUGAUCAAUCAUAUCAAUCACACCAAGGGCAAAGCACUUCAUCUUCGUCUCCAUCGUUGACUAAAUCAGCUUCAUCAACUUCGAUAUCAAAAUUACCACAUAGAAAACUUCCAAAGAUUCAAGAAAAUUCAUAUUCACCCUAUACUCAUCCUUUAUAUUCAUCAUCUGCACAACCCUCAUCAUCAUCAAAUUCAUUACCAAUGUCAGAUUCUUCUUCAACAUUCACAAAAUUACCAUCAGUUGAACACUUUCAUGAAACGGCGUUUAAUUUUACAAACAGAGGAGUUAUGAAUCCCCAACAGCCACCUCAACAACCACAGCAGCAACAUGUCCAUGGCUUCCCAACAAUGGGGUUCAAUACUACUCCACGACCAGGAACUACUGCAGUCUCAGCACCAUCAUCAUUACCCAUCCCAGUUCCUCAGCAUAUCCCUCCACCGCCACCUGGUACUUAUGUACAGCAUAUCCCAGUCACUGGACCACUUUAUCAUCCUGGGUACCCUAUGGUUCAACAUCUACCUCCACAAGCAACAGCAACCUCCCCAACAACAGGGUCAAGGACAAGGUCAGGGACAAGGUUCUCCAGAGUAUUAUUAUGGGAAAUAAUUUUUAGCAUUGAUGAGUAAUUAAUUGACUAUUAUAAUGAAGUAGAGUUCUACAA